CUGUCUUAUAACCUAGAAAUAUCCAAUUGUCAAUAAACAUAAACAAUGGAUGAUAAUUCUGUAAUUUAUGGUUUAGAGUUUCAGGCCAGGGCUCUUGCUCCACAAUUGGCGGAAACAGAAAAGAUUAGAUUCAUUAUUGGGACACAGUCCUUAAAACAAACCAACAAUCAAAUUCAUUUGGUCGAAUUUAAUGAGGAAAAAUCUACUAUAAAAACCACCGUGUUUCACCAUUCUGAUGGGGAAAUAUGGAAGAUAACAACAAGUCCUUUAGAUGCUUUGAAGCUUGCAACCUGUUACAAUUCAGUAACAAGUGUCAGCAACUGCACCAUGAAAACUAGCAUUUUAAAACUUCCAGAAGAAAAGAGUCCAGAUUCCAUUGAAAAUCUCGAAAUAGUUACAAAAUUAGAUACAGAAAAUUUCGGAACUGAAGUUAAAACUACCGAAUUUCAUCCAACAGAUCCCAACAAAGCAUUAUCAGUUACUGACAGUAAUUUAAUUUUAUGGGAUAUUUCUGAAGAUGCAGGAAAGAAUCUUUUAACAGUUAACUUAAAAGGUAAAAACAAUCCUAAGUUUACUACUGGAAAGUGGAACCCCCAUCAGAAUUGUAAUCAGUUUACAACAGUGACUGAAACGCAUUUAAAAACAUACGAUGUAAGAUCUGGUGAAAUUGCUUGGAACAUCGACGGUAUCCAUAAUCAGUUGGUGCGAGAUUUAGACUACAACAUGAACAAGCAAUAUCAUGUGGCAACAUGUGGUGAUGAUGGUUUUGUGAAAAUAUGGGACUUUAGACAAACAAACUACCCUGUAUAUUCCAGAAGUGAUCAUUCCCACUGGGUUUGGUCUGUUAGAUUCAACCACUUCCAUGAUCAGUUAUUGCUGACAGCUAGUUCUGAUGCUAGGGUGCUUCUUUCAAGUGCUGCUAGCGUCAGCUCUGAGAAUAAUACUGACAUGUCUAUGACAGACGACGGUGAUGGUAUCGAAACGAAACAAAUGCUUUCAGAUGGUCCAUUACAAUGGUGUGAACAUGAGGAUAGUGUUUAUUGUGCUGAGUGGUCACCAUCUGAACCAUGGGUUUUUGCUUCACUGAGUUAUGAUGGAAGGUUGCUUAUUUCUAGAGUGAAAAAGUCUUUAAAAUAUCAAAUAAUGUUGUAAUUUAUUGUAUUAUAUAAUAUAUGUUGUUUUUAUAA